AUGGAGCCGUUCGUCAACGACAUGCCUCAGCACAUCCACAUCACAGACCAAGGCGACGAGGGCGCAGGCGAGGGCGACAUCUUUGACGACGUCUGGGGCUCCGCGCCAGCAUCCCCCACGACGCAGACGCGUGACGCUCACUCGUCGCCGAGCACACGACCGCCGGCUACCGCGAGGGCGUCACGGCGGCCAAGGCCCACAGCAUCCAGGCCGGCUUUGACGAGGGCUACAGCCUGGGCGCCGCCAUCGGGUCCCAGGCCGGCCAGAUCAUCGGUCUCCUCGAGGGCGUCCGCUCACGCGCUCGCGGGUCACGACGACGCCAGCUUGGCGGAGGCGGCCGCCCGAAGUGUAAAGGAGGCGCGGGACGAGCUCCAGGUUGAGAAGCUGUUCGGGCCCGACUACUGGAACACGGACGGCACGUGGAACUACGAGGUGGCGGCGAAGAAGCAAGCCGACGGAACGCAGGAGAAGAACCGGGCAGGAGAGGACGACAUUCUGUUUGCUGACGUUGCUGACGCGCACCCGCUGAUCGUCAAGUGGACCGAGGUCGUUGAGGCUGCAGUCGCGCGAUGGGGCAUCGACCGCACCGUCUUUGCCGAUGUCUGUGAGGAGGAGCGUCUGGCCGCACAGGAUAGAGCUGCUGCCAACGCGGGACCCCAGCAGACGAGGAAGCCCCUUGACUGGUGA